AUGCCGCAGUCAGCUCGGUGGGCCGGAUCCCCCUCGAUCAAGGGACGGUCCGAGUCCACACGGAUGGCGCUGUUAACGUUUAGUCUAGUGGGACUACAAUUCACCUGGGGCACGGAGAUGACCUACUGCACGCCGUAUCUCCUCCAGCUGGGGCUGACGAAAUCCAAAACCUCCCUGGUCUGGAUUGCGGGCCCGCUGUCGGGGUUGAUUAUCCAGCCUCUUAUUGGCGUCAUUGCGGAUCGGUCACGAUCGAAAUGGGGCCGGAGAAGGCCGUUUAUGGUGUUCGGGUCUUUUGUUGUGGCGCUGUGUUUGUUUGUUUUGGGCUGGACGGCUGAGAUUGUCGCGCUGUUUGUCUCGGACCCCGAGAAGGCGAGGAAUUACACGAUUGCGUUGGCCGUCUUGAGUAUUUAUGCUGUUGAUUUCUCGAUCAAUGUCGCUGGGAGAAUGUGUGCCAUUGGCCAACUUAUCGGCUACGUUAUUGGCUCGAUCGAUACAGUGAGCAUUUUCGGGAGUAUCAUUGGCGACACCCAGUUCAAGCAGAUGACAGUGAUUGCGGCUUUGUCAUUGAUCGGAGCCGUAUCGGUUACGUCCUAUGCAGUGAAGGAGCGAGUGUUGCUUUCGGCCAGCUGGCGCGAUCCAAGUUGUCGUUCAGCUGUUCAGAACUACAAUGGAGCUCCCGCCUCGCAUCCAAGCUAUCUGCUGGGCUCAAUUCUGGGCGUGGAUUGGUAUGUCUACCUUACUUGGGCUUUGCGCGCACACACUUAUCUCUUUCCAGGCUGGUUUCCGUUUCUUUUCUAUAGCACCACAUGGGUGGGCGAGACCUAUUUCCGCUAUGAAGUGCCGGCGGAGCAAGUGACGAAAUCAACGGAUAUGCUGGGCGAGGUUGGCCGAGUGGGCAGUCUGUCACUGGUGGUGUUUUCGUCCAUUACCUUCCUCAGCUCCGUGCUGCUUCCGUUCUGUGUGCAGCCGCCAGACACGAAGCGGGAGCGAUUCACACCUCGGCCGCCGCCGGGGAUCGCCAGACUCCUCAAGUCAAUUACCACCGUGCGGCCAGAUCUUCAGACGGCCUGGCUUAUCUCGCAAGUGAUGUUCGCCGCGACUAUGAUCUUCGCACCUCUAGCCCACUCGCGCGCCUUUGCGACUUUCCUAGUGGCCGUGUGCGGCAUCCCCUGGGCAAUCAGCGGCUGGGCACCAUUCGCCUUCAUGGGCGUGGAGAUCAACAAGCUGACAAUGAGCGGCGGUGCCGCAGCAACAAUGCCGACCUCGCGCUCAGGCGCUGUGACCAUGAUCACAUCGGCCAGCUUGCGGGCCAGCUCAGCCGCCGAGUCGGAGCUGGAUGUACUCCGGCUCAACCACCGCGACGCGGAUAGUGACACAGACGAGGAGGAUCCGACGUCCUUGUCAUCUAACAUCCCCUCGACCGGCGAGCUCGCCGGUAUCUAUCUCGGUGUCCUGAAUGUGUACACCACCCUGCCCCAAUUUGUCGGCACUUUUAUCAGCUGGAUCGUUUUCAGCAUCCUCGAGCCCGAAGCGCAGCCUGGCACUGACGAGUCAGAUACCGGGUGGAUGAACUUAGACAAGGACAAGCCUAAUGCUAUCGCCGUGUGUCUUUUUAUCGGCGCUUUGAGCGCUCUGAUAGCUGCUGAGGCGACUCGACGCCUACGGUACGUUCUGUGA